ACUGUUCGAUAUAAUCCGAUUAGUAUCAAGCCGCUUGAGCAAUUCACAUGUCAUGGCUUCUUCUCUAGCUCCGUUUCCUUCACCUCUCCCUCCAAGAUUCUUACAAACCCUAACCCAAUUCCCUAAUUCUCCGUUUCUGUCUCCAUGCUCUGUUUUGAGGUUAAAAAACGCAUCUUUACUGGAUUUGAGAACUCGAAUCGCUCCUCUUCAACCCCAACGAGUUCGGUCCAAAACCCUUGUUUUGUCUGCUCAGUCCAGUUUCUUGAAAGUUCUUAGAACCGCAUGGAGUAUUGGGAAAGAUGGAAUCGAAGCUGGAACCAAUCUUGUACCUGUCUCUGUACCUAGACCAGUUGCUAGAAUCUCGGUAACGAUUGCAGCAUUAGCGGUUUCGUUGUUUGUUGUCAAGUCGUUUCUUUCAACCGCUUUCUUUGUAUUGGGAACAAUGGGAUUUGCAUAUUUCUUAUUCAUAGCCUUAAACAAAGAUGAAGCUCCAAAACUAAGAGGAGAAGAUAAUAGCUCUGGUUCUAAGUCAAUGGAUGAUCCACUUGAAGAAGCCAAGAGAAUCAUGGACAAGUAUAAGUAAAGCUUAAGGUUUUGUUAAUAUGAGACAGAUCUCCAAAUGUAUACAGAUACAAUACUUAGGGAUGUUAUAUGUUCUUUGAUUUAAGAUCAACUUGUGACGGUGUAAGCAAGUGAUUGGUGAAGUUCUGGUUUAGAAACUGUUACCUCUAAUAGUCUAAUACCAAUACAUCUUCUAAUAUCUUUAGUGGGAAUGGUUAUAUUGAAA